AACGCUUCCACAGGAUUGGCUGCGAUGUUUCGUUCGGCAAGCAAAUGUUUUGCAAAAAAAAAUUGAAGAAAAAUGGCGAAUCUUGAUAAGAUGUUGAUGUGCGGCGUGUCGUGUCACUGUAACCUAAAAAAUUUACCGUAAAUGUUUAGAGUAAUGAAACAUUUUUUACAGUCUCGUUAUGCAAGCUGGAACCAGGGAAUUUUCAAGUUUUUAGUCACAUGCAUAUUCAUAACCUUUAUUACGGGUUGCUAUUUGUCGUUUUUUCCUGUUGUAAUAGAUGACUGUAACUGUAAGAAUAAUAACCGUGAAAAGGAGACUGCUAAACAAGAGGAGGUGUUCUCGUCCCAGCACAAACUGGCGGUUCUGGUUCCGUUUCGAGACCGCUUUGACGAGCUGCUGGAAUUCGUGCCGCACAUCCACAACUUCUUGAAACGGCAGGGCAUAAAUCAUCAAAUUUACGUACUCAACCAGGUGGACAACUACAGGUUCAACAGGGCGUCCCUCAUAAACGUCGGUUUCCGUAUCUCGCAGCAGGACUGUGACUACAUGGCGAUGCACGAUGUGGACUUGCUGCCGCUGAACCCCGAGCUGUCGUACGCGUACCCGGGGAGCGGCCCCUUCCACGUCGCCUCGCCGGAGCUCCAUCCCCGCUACCACUACCCUACCUUCGUUGGAGGCAUUCUGCUCCUCACGAGAGAACACUUUGAGAGAGUGAAUGGGAUGAGUAACAAAUACUGGGGCUGGGGGUUGGAAGACGACGAGUUUUAUGUUCGCCUGAAGGAAGCCAAACUGAAUAUCUCCAGGCCUGCCAACAUCACCACGACCAAAGAAAACACUUUCAAUUGUGUGGCGCCUGGUCGCAGGCACUUGCACAACCGAGCCCGACGCAAGCGGGACACUGCCAAGUGCCACGCCCAGCGUGAGGCGACGCGCCGCAGGGACCGGCAGACCGGCCUGUCGAGCGUUGCGUACCGGGUGGAAGGCGCGCACGCGGUGGUCAUAGACGGCGCGCCCGCGACCGUGGUGGGCGUGGCGCUGCGGUGCGAUCGCCAGCUCACGCCGUGGUGCGAGUGCAUCGAGGCUGCGAAGCCCACCGGCACGGCGGCGCCGGCGGCAGCAGCGACGGCGUCACUGCUGAGAGUAGGCCGAGAGGAGCCGCUGACUGGAGGUCGGAAGUGGGAGAGCAACAAGGACAAGACCAGCGACAAGGCCCCCACGUUGCCACCACUCAAACAUGCAACCCUAUCUAUCUUAAAAUAAAUACGAAGAAAUGAAGAA